GCUUUCUUCUUCUUCUUCUUCCUCCUUGUUAUAUUUUGAAGCCACCAUAAUUUUCUAAGAAAACCUAUAUUGCCUUUCUCCUCUACAUUCAGAAAAGAAAAAAACCAGUUCAAAGAAAAAUGGCAUCAUUUAAUGAGGCACCACCAGGUAACGAAAAAGCAGGAGAGAAGAUCUUCAAGACUAAAUGUGCUCAAUGCCAUACUGUCGACAAAGGUGCCGGUCACAAACAAGGACCUAAUUUGAAUGGACUUUUUGGAAGGCAGUCCGGAACUACUGCUGGUUACUCCUACUCUGCUGCCAAUAAGAACAUGGCCGUGAAUUGGGGAGAAAACACUUUGUAUGAUUAUCUGCUCAACCCCAAGAAGUACAUACCUGGAACAAAGAUGGUUUUCCCCGGAUUGAAGAAGCCACAUGAGCGCGCUGACCUCAUUGCCUACCUGAAAUCUGCUACUGCAUGAGGAACCAUUGACACACAUUUUCCAUUUUGUAGUCUGAUAGGUGGCAUGUUUUGCUAUGCGGAAGAAGAUAAACCAUUGAUUUUAAAAAAAAAUAAUAAUAAGUAGACCUCUUAUGGUCUGACUCAUUUGUUUCCCAGAAAACUGGGUCAUAGUAAAUUUUUUUGUUACCUCUUGGAGAAGAGGUAAAAAACUCUUGGCAGACAAGGCCAACUUUAAUAUCAUCAUUCUCUCAAGAUUAUGUUU